AUGAGCCACGGGGACCGUUACACCUCGUCGUCCUACCGGAAGAUCUUCGGGGAUUCUCCCAAGUUCGCUUCCUCUCCCAGGGCCUCCCCGGGGCUCAGGUCUAUGGCCUCGUCCCGCCACGGCGCCUCCUCCAUGGGCCUGUACCGGCGGCUCGGCCGGUCCUCUUACUCCCCGGUGCCCACCGACUCCCUCGACCUGACGCAGACCUCCGUGGUCAACAGUGAGUUCAAGGUCGUUAGGACCAACGAGAAGGAGCAGCUGCAGGGACUGAACGACCGCUUCGCCAUGUUCAUCGAUAAAGUCCGGCACCUGGAGCAGCAGAACAAGAUGCUGGAGAUGGAGCUGGUGACGCUGCGGCAGAAGCAGGGCGAGCCGUCCCGCAUCGCCCACCUCUACCAGCAGGAGCUGAGGGACCUGCGGACGCAGGUGGAGGAGCUGAGCCGGGACAAGAACCGCAUCUUGAUCGAGAGGAACAACAUGGAGGACGAGCUGCAGAAGCUCAGUGUGAAGUGCGACGAGGAGAUGAGGGCACGCGAGGAGGCCGAGCAGACCCUGAGGUCCUUCAGGAAGGACGUGGACGACGCCACGGCCGUCCGCCUGGAUCUGGAGCGCCGCCUGGAGUCGCUGAUGGACGAGAUCGCCUUCCUGAGGAAAGUCCACGACGAGGAGAUCCAGGAGCUGAGCAGCAUGAUGGAGGAGCAGCAUGUCUCCGUGGAGCUAGAGCUCGCCAAGCCAGACCUCACCUCGGCCCUGAAGGAGAUCCGCAGCCAGUACGAGUCCAUCGCUUCCAAGAACCUGCAGUCUGCCGAGGAGUGGUACAAGGGCAAGUUUGUCAGCCUCAGCGAGCAGGCCACCAGGAGCAAUGAGGCCAUGAGGGCCAGCAGGGAGGAGAUCAGCGAGUCCAGGAGGCAGCUGCAGUCCAAGACCAUUGAGAUAGAGAGCCUGAGGAGCGCCAAUGAGUCUCUGGAGAGGCAGAUCGCAGAGAUGGAGGACGCACACUCCGCUGAAGUCACAGCCAUGCAGGACACUAUCGGCCACCUGGAUACUGAGCUUAGGAACCUGAAAGGCGAGAUGGCCCAGCACCUGAGGGAGUACCAGGACCUGCUCAAUGUCAAGAUGGCGCUGGACAUAGAGAUCGCUGCCUACAGGAAACUGCUGGAGGGAGAGGAGACUCACUUUAACUCGGGGAUGUCGUUCGGCGCUGCCGGGUACGGCUACCAGCCCCGGGGCUCGGCCGCCUCCUCCUCCCGGGGCAGCCAGAGGGAGAAGGACGGGGCCAACAAGGAGAGCUUCAAGGAGAGCUGCGAGGAGAAAGAUGAGGCGGACAUCAACUCCAACAACUGAUAGACAGGGAAAUGUGGUCAUGUGCGAUGUCUGCAUAGUGAGUUCAUAGUCGCAUUCUGUAUUUG